CCCGCACCCCCGGCCCGCGCCUGGCCUCCAUCGCGGGCCCCGAAGGUGGUUUUUAAUGGUGGGAAAGGGGAUGGGGCUGGAGAUUGGGGGCCCAGAGGGCUCCCAGGGCUGAAGACAACUUGGAUUGCCAGGAAAAGGGUUAGGGAGCUGUGCAUCCCGGCCCGGGCCUCCGCUGCCCAACAUGGGCCUCGGGUUCCAAAGUUUGCGAAGUUGGGCGCCGAGGGCCCGCGGCGUGCAGCGCAUCCGGAGGAGCCCAGCACCGGACUGGCAGGGCGCACAAGUUGCCUGAGUCGCCUCCGUGGCCCCAAGGGUUGCGCGCGUGCCCUGGGGGUUCCGGGGAGCGGGCGGGGGCGCAGGGCUUCUGCUGAGUUGGCGGGUUUGGCCAUGGCCGCUGCUCGCUUCGCUCGGGGGCCGGAGCUCUUGCUUCUGCUGCUGCUGCUGCUACUGCUGCUGCUGCUGGGGGGCCCGGGCCGGGGGAUGGCCUUGAGCGGGAACGCCACCGGGCCUGGGCCGCGGAGCGUGGGUGGGAGUGCCAGAAGGAGCGCGUUGGUGACUGGCCCUCCGCCGCUGCUAAGCCACUGCGGCCGGGCCGCCCCCUGCGAGCCACUGCGCUAUAACGUGUGCUUGGGCUCGGCGCUGCCCUACGAGGCCACCUCCACGCUGCUGGCCGGGGAUUCGGACUCCCAAGAGGAAGCGCACGGCAAGCUCGUGCUAUGGUCCGGCCUCCGGAAUGCCCCCCGUUGCUGGGCAGUGAUCCAGCCCCUGCUGUGCGCUGUGUACAUGCCCAAGUGUGAGAACGACCGGGUGGAGUUGCCCAGCCGCACCCUCUGCCAAGCCACCCGAGGCCCCUGUGCCAUCGUGGAGAGAGAGCGGGGCUGGCCCGACUUCCUGCGCUGUACCCCCGACCACUUCCCUGAGGGUUGCCCGAAUGAGGUGCAGAACAUCAAGUUCAACAGUUCCGGCCAGUGUGAGGCUCCUUUGGUUCGGACCGACAACCCCAAGAGCUGGUACGAGGACGUGGAGGGCUGCGGGAUCCAGUGCCAGAACCCGCUCUUCACAGAGGCCGAGCACCAGGACAUGCACAGCUACAUCGCGGCCUUCGGGGCCAUCACGGGCCUCUGCACGCUCUUCACCCUGGCCACUUUCGUGGCUGACUGGCGGAAUUCGAAUCGCUACCCUGCGGUUAUUCUCUUCUAUGUCAACGCGUGUUUCUUUGUGGGCAGCAUUGGCUGGCUGGCCCAGUUCAUGGACGGUGCCCGCCGGGAGAUUGUCUGCCGUGCAGAUGGCACCAUGAGGCUUGGGGAGCCCACCUCCAAUGAGACCCUGUCCUGCGUCAUCAUCUUUGUCAUUGUGUACUACGCCCUGAUGGCUGGCGUCGUCUGGUUUGUGGUCCUCACCUAUGCCUGGCACACCUCCUUCAAAGCCCUGGGCACCACCUACCAGCCUCUCUCCGGCAAGACCUCCUACUUCCACCUGCUCACGUGGUCACUCCCUUUUGUCCUCACUGUGGCAAUCCUCGCUGUGGCCCAGGUGGAUGGGGACUCUGUGAGCGGCAUCUGUUUUGUGGGCUACAAGAACUACCGAUACCGUGCUGGCUUUGUGUUGGCCCCAAUUGGCCUGGUGCUCAUUGUGGGAGGUUACUUCCUCAUCCGAGGAGUCAUGACUCUGUUCUCCAUCAAGAGCAACCACCCUGGGCUACUGAGCGAGAAGGCUGCCAGCAAGAUCAAUGAGACCAUGCUGCGUCUAGGCAUUUUUGGCUUCCUGGCCUUUGGCUUUGUGCUCAUCACCUUCAGCUGCCACUUCUAUGACUUCUUCAACCAGGCUGAAUGGGAACGCAGCUUCCGGGACUACGUGCUGUGCCAGGCCAAUGUAACCAUCGGGCUGCCCACCAAGAAGCCCAUCCCUGACUGUGAGAUCAAGAAUCGCCCUAGCCUGCUGGUGGAGAAGAUCAACCUGUUUGCCAUGUUUGGAACUGGCAUUGCCAUGAGCACCUGGGUCUGGACCAAGGCCACAUUGCUCAUCUGGAAACGCACCUGGUGCAGGUUGACCGGACAGAGUGAUGAUGAGCCCAAACGCAUCAAGAAGAGCAAGAUGAUUGCCAAGGCCUUCUCCAAGCGGCGUGAGCUGCUGCAGAACCCAGGCCAGGAGCUCUCCUUCAGCAUGCACACCGUCUCCCACGAUGGGCCUGUGGCGGGUCUGGCCUUUGACCUCAAUGAGCCCUCAGCUGAUGUGUCCUCUGCCUGGGCCCAGCACGUCACCAAGAUGGUGGCUCGGAGAGGAGCCAUACUGCCCCAGGAUGUGUCUGUCACCCCUGUGGCAACUCCAGUGCCCCCAGAGGAAAAAGCCAACCUGUGGCUGGUUGAGGCAGAGAUCUCCCCAGAGCUGGAGAAGCGCCUGGGCCGUAAGAAGAAGCGGAGGAAGAGGAAGAAGGAGGUGUGCCCACUGGUGCCACCUCCCGAGCUUCACCAUCCGGCCCCCGCAUCUGCCUCCAGUGCUGUUCCUCGUCUGCCGCAGCUGCCCCGGCAGAAGUGCCUGGUGGCCGCGGGCGCCUGGGGAGCUGGGGAAUCCUGCCGGCAGAGAGCCUGGACCCUGGUCUCCAGCCCCUUCUGCCCAGAGCCCAGUCCCCUGCAGGAUCCGUUUCUGCCCAGCGCCCCAGCUCCCGUGGCCUGGGCUCAGGGCCGCCGGCAGGGACUGGGGCCCAUUCACUCCCGCACCAACCUGAUGGAAGCAGAGCUCAUGGACGCAGACUCAGACUUCUAAGGCAGGAGAUCAGGACCUGUGAAUUGGAACAAAUAACGUUCUGAGGCUCUUCGUCCUCCCUGAGAGUACUUCCCCAGGAUCUCGUCUUCCGGAGAACCGGAGAGCCCGGUGCGCUCCCAGGAGGGAUCUGUAGGUCUGGCUUAUGGCAGGACUGUGGGAAGGAGCCUUGACAAAUCCAUGGGUGGGCCUCACCCCGGGAACAAGCCCUGAGCUCCAGGGCCCUUGUUUCUGCCCCACCAGCUGGAGCCUGGCUGGCAGGUAGCCCCAGUCUGCAGUAAGGUUAUGGGGUGUGCAGGGUUUCUGGCGGGGCAGUAAUGGCAAAGGUAGGAGUGACAGUACCCAGAAUGGGCUGUGGUGGCCAGGGAGGCAGCCAAACCCAUGUCUGGCAGAUGAGGGCUGUUGCCCUUUCCUAUACUAGUGGGUGCCAGGUAAGGGCACCCUCAGACCAAAAGUGUUUAUUGUAUCAUUAGCCCUUUGUCUAAGUGGGAUCAAGGCUCCCUUCUCCCCCUUCCAGGUGGUUGUGGGGCUGGGAGUGCCUGUUCCAAUAGGGGCUAUAACCUCUCUUCACAGAUGUCUAGCUGGCCCCACCCCGGCCAGUAACCCGGCCCAUGUUCUCCUGUACCCUCCUUCCAUUUCCCAUUUCAGUUCAACCAGGCCAACCUCUUCCUGUUUUCUGUUUGUUGAUUAGGACCCAGAACUACAGGCUGUCCAUCCCAUCCUCAUCCCCCACUCAUGUUUCUGGACUCUGUUUCCAAGUAAGAAAUUGGUCCCGCUAUAGGGCCUGGUGUGCUAUAGAAGCAGUGAGUGGUGGGGAGCCAUUGGGUCUCCGAGACACAUUGUCUCUUCCUGUAUCCAUCCAAUGGGGGAUGGAUCCUCUGGCUUGAGGGGCUACCCUAAGAAGCUGUUGGAGCUUUGGUCAGGCAGGAAAGCUUCCUUUAACUUCUGCAACUGGUGGGUGAAAAGAUUUCCAACCUUUUAUAGGCCUCCUCCAUGUCCCAAAGCCCCGGUUUCAAGAACCAGGCAGCAGAAAGUCUAAGGAGCUGCCUGGGUUCCAGAUUGGGGAUAAGGAUGAGGAGAAGAACUAUAAACAGUAAAUAAAAGGUUUUGUAUAAA